AUGUUUAAUGUUGGUAAAAAAUGUAUAAUUAAUAGAUCUUCAAGUAGAUUAAUAAGAUAUAAUUCAAGUAAAAAUAACAAAAGUGAUGAUAAAUUGGGUGGUUUUGAUUUAAACAAUUUAUUUAAACGUUUAGAUAUUGCAAGUGAAUUGGAAAAUGCACCAAAACAACAAUCUAAAAGUUCUUCAGCAGAGACAAGAACAAAUGAUUUUUCUCGAAAACGUGAUAAUCAACCAAGGUCCAGAGAUAAUAGAAAAAGGCUUACAGAUGAACAAUAUAAGGAAUUUAAAGAAUUGACUAAGCAUAGUUUUAUUCCACAAGCAGAAUUUAUUCCACUAAUGGAGCAAUUUGCAGCAGGAGGAAAAGAAGCUAUUAAAGAAUUACUACCAAAACAAAGUGAUCAGAUAAGAUCCUCCAGAGUGACUAGAAAAGAAAGGCUUACAGAUGAACAACUCAAGGAAUUUAAAGAAUUGACUAGUCAUAAAUUUAUACCAAAACCAGAAUACAUUAAAUUAAUGGAGUUAUUUGCAAAAGGUGGAAAAGAAGCUAUUGAAGAAUUUUUACUACCAAAAGAAAAUGAUGCUGUUUUUGAAUCAACUAAAAUGCAUGAAACAAAGCCAUUCAAUUUGAAUAAUUUCAAAGAUUUAGAAUCAAGAAAGAAGGAUUCUUUUAGGUAUAAUAGAUCAGAAAAUAAUGAAAAUAAAUCACAAACUGCCUUCAAAAGAACUACUACAUCAUCAAGGAAACCAUUUGUAAAGAAAAGAGAUGAUGCUAAACCACCAAUAUCACCCCCUAUUGAAUCGAAAUCCUUGAGCUCUGCUCCAUUCACUCCCAAAAUUAUACCUGAAGAUUUUUUCCAUAAUAAAAUACCAACUGUCCAAUCAACUAUAAGUCAAAGAUUUUCAUCAAUUUCAAAACUAGCUCUAUUAGAGAGUAACUUUCCAUUUAGAUUACCCAAAGAGGUAAUUGAGAAAGCUCCAAAAUCAACAAGAUCAAAAUUUAUAUUAUCUAAAUCAAGUUGGAAUUUAACUCCAAAUGCAACUAAAUUAAGUGAUAGAUUAAAAACAAUGUAUUAUGGUCAAAUACCUCAAUUAAAUACUGAUGGUGUUUCAACUGGUGAAUUGAGUACCGUUACUUCAUCAUAUUUAAAUAAUAAUGGUAAUUUACAAUUGCAACAAAAACAAUCAAUGUUUGAUAUUAUAAAUGGUAAAGUUAAUUUAAAAACAAUAUUUAAAGAUGCACAUUGGAAGAAAAUUCAACCGAAAAAAGCUAAAGUUGUAGAAACUAAGGCAGCUCCAACUCAAGGUAAAAAGAAAGGUAAAAAAUGA